GAGGAACUAGGCGAGUCGGUUUAAUGGGGUUUUUUGGUGUAUUUUUAGUAUAGGCGUGUGUGUGUGUUUGGCAACGGGCCAAGUUUCUCUUCGGUUUACAAUGGGUUGCGACGGGGGCACCAUUCCGCGAAGAGACGAGCUGGUCAGAGUGAAAAAGAAGCCCGAAACGAAAGACAAAGACGCCGAAUUGGCGUUCAAAUGGAGAUGUUGCUCCAUCACCCAAGAAACCCUCCAGCAACCGAUCGUCGUGUGCCACUUGGGCAAACUCUACAACAAAGUAUCCCUAAUCGAGGCGCUGCUGGACCGCGGCGCUUUGUCCGAAUCCUUCAAGCACGUCAAAAGCUUGAAAGACGUUAGAGAAUUGAAGCUCACAGAGAACCCGGAGGCCGGCAAAAACGAUUCGUCGGCCGCUUACAUUUGCCCCGUGUUGGGUCUCGAGAUGACCGGUAAAUUCAGAUUCGUGGCGUUGUGGUCGUGCGGCUGCGCCUUCUCCGAGCGAGCCCUCAAAGAAAUCGGUACGAAAACCUGCCAUAAAUGCUCCGCACCGUUCGUCGAAGACGAUGUAAUUGUUAUAAACGGAACCGAGGAAGAUAUGCCGUUGAUGAAAGAACGCAUGGAGAAACGCAAACAGGCCAACAAAAAGAAAACCAAAACUGUAAUAAAAGUGGAAGAAAGCGAUGUUAGCAGUAGCUGUGCGAGUAGUUCGAAAGUAGAAGAGGCCGGUAGGAAACGGAAAGCGAACGAUGUAUCCCAUUCGAAGAUAGCCAACGUGAUUUCGGUAGGAAAAGUGACCAAGCAGGAGGAGCUGAAGAAAAUGAAGGCAGAUUACAGCGUUGCCAAAGACAAACAGGCCACCGACGUCUACAAGUCGUUGUUCACCAGCCACAAGUCGGAGAAGGAGCAGAAUCGAGCGCAUUGGGUCACCUAUAAUCCGUUUUACAAUUAA